UGUAACCGUUUACAUCGGUAUCGAAUAACAGCGGCUUCGUAUCAAUCGAAUUAAUACAAUUUAAACGAGUUCGAAACAGCCGCUCUUGCCGUUUGGUGCGUUUUUUUUUAAUCAAUUGUGUUUAGUAACUAUUUCAAACACUUUGAAUCAUCCAAAGCAUUAGAUUGAAUACAAAAAAAUCGAGUCCAACAAAAAGAGAAAAAAAUCAUUUUUGAUUCGAAAAACCUCAUCGUAUCGAUAUUUUUAGUUUUUUUUUCUCGUUCGCAUCAAAAAAUACACUUGCCGUGAUUGAUCUUUUUGCGCAGACACUGGACUCUUUUUUUUCUAUAUAUUUUAUCAUAACGAGUCUUUUCUCCGAGUAUUUCUGCGCAACGUCUGGAUGAAAAAAAAAAUCAGUAGUUGAUUCUCUUUAGAAGAAUAAAAAAAGACAAAAUAAAGUGCCGAAAUAGUGAUAAUUGUGAUUAUAUCUUCGCGAUCACAAGUGUUGUGCAAGUGAAAAACUUUAACUUAGUGCGAACAAACUGACUCAAAGAUGAUUUUAAAAGGGAUCAUCAUGAACAUUUAAAGGAAGGUUCUAUACGCGAACGUUAUAAAUGCUCUUGUUUAAUUUCAACUUGAAUAAAAAAAUAAAAUAAAUAAAACGAAUUGGUUUUGAAUCAAAAGUGAAAGCCUGAAUAGAACCAUCCAAAGACCGAUUUAAUAAUUUUUUAUGUGAUUUAGAUAGACUCGAUGCGAGAGAUUCUUGUGAUAUACGAAGUGAUUGUGUUCCUAAUGUUUUAAGCGACAGGGAUUAUGCAGCAAGAUCAGUUGAAGAUAGAAAGAGAUAGAGAGAGAGAGAGCAAGAAAACAAAAAAGAUAAUAAAACUGUUUUGAUGCUAAACUUAUAAGAAUCCAAACUAAACUCACAAAAAAAUAUAUAAGAAAACGAACUCUAAUACAAGAUUUACAAUUAAGAUAACAGACAUCACAUCAUUUUCAAGUGACGAACAGAACAAUAAAAACUAAAAAGAAAUACUUGUGUAUAUUAACUCAUCUUAAAAGACAAAAAUUUGAAGUACAAAAUAGCCAAUAAAAUAGACCUUUAAUAAUCCAUAAAUAAAGACCAGUUGAUUUGAUUAAGUUAAGUCUAUAGCCCAAAAACACACACAAACUCACACACAAUUUAAGUUGAUGCCGUUUGAAACUAGAUAAUAAAAUCGACAAAACAAAAGAAAGAUUGACUGAAAAAAGACAAAAACCGAACCCGUCGUAAAGGCUAAAUCCAAAUAUUCAUUCUCAAUCUCGCUCACACAAGUAUACACACACAAAAAAAAAUCCGAAAUUAAAAACAGAAACAUUUGACGACACAGACACACGGUUUGCAUCGCAAGUGGUCAUAUAAUGUUGAUUGGAUCAAAUUUGAAUAGUGAUUUUGGACCAUUGCCAAGUGCCCCUUGGAAUAUGGAACCACCGAGAUUACCACUCGCCACUGGCGGCGGCUCAUUGCCACAAUCAACCAACAUACAAUUGUCACCAACCGCAGUUAGUUUAAGUCAAAAUGUACCCGGUGCAGCAACCGCUUCCGUAUCGCCAGCAUCUGUGUUCAGUGGUGGUGCAUCACCGUCAACGUUAAGCGCUCUCGUAUCUCAGCAUCGGUUACUUGAAUUGUCACGAUUCGGUUUGCGAGGUUAUGACUUGGCCCAACAUAUGCUCACACAACAAGGAGCUGUUUCCAAAUUGCUAGGUACGCUUCGUCCACCCGGUUUGAUUGGUGGUUCUAAACCAAAAGUUGCAACGCCGGCCGUUGUAUCGAAAAUUGAACAGUAUAAACGGGAGAAUCCAACGAUAUUUGCGUGGGAAAUCCGAGAACGGCUCAUUUCUGAAGGGGUUUGUACAAAUGCAACAGCACCAUCAGUAUCCUCAAUAAAUCGCAUCCUCAGAAAUCGAGCCGCCGAACGUGCAGCUGCUGAAUUUGCAAGAGCCGCCGGCUAUGGUCUUUAUCCUCCCACACCGUACAGCAGUUUUCCAUGGCCAGCGACGGCAGCACACUUAUGGUCGGCUGGCAGCGGUUUUCCGGGCAUUUCACCUGGAUCGGCCACAACUUCGGGUACAGCAUGUUCACCAGGAUCUGGAAGUCAUGAUACUCUUGGAUCACCCGAUGGAAAUCGACUGAUUGAUGUUGAAGGUGAAGAUUCGGGCAGUUUAGAUGGUGAGCAGCCGAAAUUCCGACGAAAUCGAACGACAUUUAGUCCAGAGCAAUUGGAGGAAUUGGAAAAAGAAUUUGAUAAAUCGCACUAUCCAUGCGUUAGCACUAGAGAACGUUUGGCAUCGAGGACUUCAUUAAGUGAGGCUAGAGUACAGGUUUGGUUUUCCAACAGAAGGGCAAAAUGGAGACGCCAUCAGCGUAUGAACAUGCUCAAGCAACGUUCGUCGCCAACACAACGAAGCACUUCAAGUUACACCCCUACUUCCCCCGAACUACAGAGGCGCACGGAAGCUUAUGCACAACAAACACCACCAUCAGCUCAGCAACAGCCGACUUCAAAAUGCUCCAGCAACAAUCCACAUCAGGGAUCGCAUCAACACACAACAAAUCAACUAAAUGUAACCGGAUCAGUCACAGCAUCAGCUCCAUUAUUAAUGGGGGGCGAACAUAGUGCAUUUCGAUCGCUUGUACCUUCAGCUUCAGCUGCCGCACUGUUAGCAGCAUCAGCGCAAUUAGGUCUAACCAGACCAUAUAAUCAUUCACCGCAUGUUAUGAGCGAUGAAUCUGAUGAAGAAAUUAAUGUUCAUGAUGAUGAAUCGGACAACGAUUCAAAUUAUAAUCCACGCAGUAAAACAACCAGCAGCAAUAACAACAACGAGAUGAUUUCGAAUAAGAUCUCGGUUGCCGGUGGUGAGAAUUAAAUUUUUCAUUUUUUUUAUUGCAACGUACACACACACACACAAAAGCAUGUGAAUCCAGAACUUCACAACAAUCAACAACUAUUUUCAAUAAUAAACAAUUUUCAAUAAUAAAUUUUCUAUCGACGAAAAAAAUAAAAUGGAAAACAUCCAAAGCACAUAGUUUUUAGUUCAAACAUUUUCCGAUAAUACGAAUUUCCACCCAUUUGACCGCGUUAAUUAUUUAUCUCAAUUGAUUUUCAACACCUGAAUAAAAACACAAGCUGGAGUAAGAAAAAAAAUGUUAUCACAGACGCUACAUCACUCAGAGUUAAUUUUUGCUUUUGAUGGACCCAUUUCUUUUAUCGUCAAAUUGAUCGCGAUUCGUUGAUGAAACAUUUAAAAAACUGACACGCUCAACAUUUCAUUCCAAAACGUUGCUAUUUUCUCUCUCUUUCUCCAUAAAUAUAUCAUUUUUUAAAAGAAACGUGGAAGAGAACGAAAAAGAAACAAUCUCUUCAAGUUAGAUCUUCUUUUUUUUCAGUGUUAAUGAUCUUAGAAUUGAUAUUUAAGUAGAAUAAUUAAUUAAAUCGAACUAGGUGGAAUUGCAAUAGAAGUGACAGUAUUAAUUAAACAACAAUAAGAUGAAAAUGGAAUCAGUAGUUAAUAUCGUUUACGUUUAAAUUAUUAUUGAAUGGUAUUAGGUACUUAAAAUUGAGAAACAACUUUCAAUCGUCUAUUACAUUUCGAAUACCAAUAUAUGCACCAUAUCGACUGUUAUAUGUAUGUGUUAAUUUAAUAAGAGGAGAAAAACAAAACAAAAAUCUCUCUUUCUCUCUCUCUCACACACACAAUUACAUAAAUUCAUUUACAACGCAAAUAUAUAAAAAAAACGCGUAG